CUCACAACCAGGAGACAUCACGUUCAUUUAUAUGAUAAUAAUCUAUACUCACUCUUUCCUCACCAGGUCCUCCAUUCCCAUGGAGAAGGCCGGCAGCAGCACCCCUGCUUCUCUCUCCUCCUCCUCCUCCUCCUCUUCCUCCUCCUCCUGCAUGGCUGAUCGCAGGACGCUUCCCCUGAGAGACAAACAGGCAUUUAUUAUCAUGUUUUUCAUCCAUGCACAUUUUACGGUGUGGCCGCCGAUCCUGAGUGAGAAUGUAGCGCCCCUCCACUAACUGCCCCUUGUGAUGCCACAACUCCCUCUCCUCGGGCCUGGCGUCCUCAGCAGGGUGAAUGAGGACCAAAAGGCAUCACGGCGGGACAGGGCAUCUGCAUUUCCAUGGUACCGCCCUGGCCUGUGAACGAGGCUGGAGGCUUAAGAACCACCUAGUUACCCUGCUGUUUGUCCAUCCAUUGUUAAGGAGGAUGAUCUGUCACUAGAGCGAACCUCCUUCCCAGCAGGGGCCACGGAGAGCGUAGGACAACAUAUGCUGGAAGCAUGCAGCAACAACCUGGAGAUGGCAGUGACCAUGUUUCUCGAUGGAGGCGCGAUCGCAGAGGAGCCCAGCACCAGUUCCAGUUCGGCAGCUUCAAGCAGCCAAGCGCCCCCUUCAGAUGAGGUACGAGCACCCAUUCCCCAAAAGCAGGACAUAUUGGUGGAACCUGAACCACUGUUUGGAGUGCCAAAGCGAAGAAGACCUGCUCGAUCUAUAUUUGAUGGAUUCCGAGACUUCCAAACAGAAACAAUUCGCCAGGAACAGGAGCUGCGUAACGGUGGAACAGUGGAUAAGAAACUGAGCACCCUGGCAGACCUUUUCCGGCCUCCCAUUGAGCUCAUGCACAAAGGCAGCUUUGAGACGGCUAAAGACUGUGGACAACUAGAGAACAAGUGGCUGAUGAUCAACAUUCAAAAUGUUCAGGACUUUGCCUGCCAGUGUCUGAACAGAGAUGUUUGGAGUAACGAUGCAGUGAAGACCAUCAUCAGGGAACACUUCAUAUUCUGGCAGGUGUAUCACGAUAGUGAAGAGGGACAAAGAUACAUCCAGUUCUAUAAGCUGAACAAGUUUCCCUAUAUUUCUAUCCUCGAUCCCCGCACAGGUCAGAAAAUGGUAGAGUGGAAUCAGCUGGACGUGGCGUCGUUCCUUGAGCAGACGGCUGGCUUCCUGGCAGAGCACGGGCAGCUGGAUGGGCCAUCCUGCCACGCACCCCCUGCCAAACGAGCUCGCUCUGAGAGUCUGAUUGAUGCCAGUGAAGACAGUCAGCUGGAGGCAGCGAUCCGAGCCUCCCUACAGGAGACCCACUACGAGUCCUCAAACGCUCCCGAAGAGCCCGAUUCCCCCCGAUCCGAAGAAGAAGAAGAAGAAUCCGAUGCAGAGCCUUUCUCCGACAGCGAGGGUCCCAUCUCCGUCGAUGGCUCAGACGGCGAAAUGCCAGCACCCCACGAGAAGAGUUUUACCAGCAAACACACGGCGCUCCCUGCGGCCAGUGCGGCUCAGCAGCGUCUACAUCCCGAUAGUUCCACUUCUACCCAUAGAAAGUCUCCAUACAAAGAAAACAACCACAGUCACAAGAAGGAGGAGAGCAAAAAGAACCACCUGGAGCCCUCAGCUGCUGCUGCUCCUCGUCAUCCUCAGCCUGACGGAGAUGCUGGAGGCAACCACUGUCCCCCAGCGGCGGAAAGCGCCGGACCAUCCGUGGACUGUCCUGACGACAAUUGUCCCAAAGCCAGGUUGAUGCUCCGUUACCCGGAUGGACAGAGAGAACAAAUUUCCUUGUCUUCGAAAGCAAAACUUUUGGCCCUGGUAAGACACGUCCAGUCCAAAGGUUACCCUAAUGAACGCUUCGAACUCGUCACCAACUUUCCUAGAAGGAAGCUCGCCCACUUGGACUAUGAUAUCACACUGCAGGAGGCGGGGCUUUGUCCACAGGAGACUGUGUUUGUUCAGGAGAGGAACUAGCCUUGUCAGACACACUCACCUUGGCUUUGUCCAUCUCUCUCUGUGAUAGACCUCACCCUUUCACCAAUGAUCUGGGACGAUGUCACCGGCCUUGAUCACAAUACAUUCUGUUCUCCUGGAAUUAGGCCCUGUUUUUGACAAGACAGCUCUCGGUGGAUGGACUACUUUCCCCGCCACUCCACGAAUCUGAAUACUGACAUCUCUACUGACAGCUCAAUACCUUUGUGCUGCUCCACAAUUGGCCAGUCAGGUGUACGGAUGCCGGCACUGUUUCAUUUGAAAAAAGAAAAGAAAAUGUGAUUUAUUCUUUUCUGAUGCAGGCUUCAUUUUUGUUUUGAACUCUGAGUCACAUCAGGAAAGAAUAAAUAUAUAUAUAUAUAGCUCAUAUUCAAAUAAAAACAACUAUAAUAAGAAUGGAUCACUGAUUGAUGAAGAGGCUCCAGGGACUUGGACAAAAAGACUUUUACCUUCCAGAAAGGAUGUUUAAUGUUAGAGUUUAUUUUCUUGCUCUUCUUGUUAUUUUCUGUACCUGGGGACAGGUAAAGGGAGGCUCAUUCUUUUUCGUUUUUUUGGCCCAAAUUUGGUCUCACACGGUCCUUGUUUCAACAAUUGUAAUUAUGUGGAAGGCACUAAGAGGAAAAGGUCCGGAAAUUACAGGUCGGACAUCUGUUACACAAGGAUUUUGGUGGAGCUACACAUUUUUAAUCAAGUUUCUAUUGGUUAAUUAGAGACCCGUAGAUUGUUUUUGGAUUUCAACUUUUGAUACAGAAGGGUGGUACAUCUCAUCAGUCGGACCUACACUGUACAGAGAUGGCUUAGAGAGACUGAUAUUUAGCCGUAGUCACCGUUUCCUUUCUUUUUUAUAUGCUGCCAAGAAAAUACGCUGAUGUUGAAAUAUAACCACCAAAACCAAGGGAGAUUCUGCUUGGUCUUUUGUCCCAAUUUCAAUGAACUUCACAGGCCUAAUGUGAGGAGGCAAAUGUCAUAGGAUACAAUGGUAAACCAAUAUCGACACAGAUAUAGGAAGACUUUUAUGGAAUGGGAAAAGCAGCUGCUCUUGAGAAUAAUCUGAAGCAACAAAUAUGUAUUACUCUGUAUUCUGUGAUGAGGAAUUGUUGCAGGACUCACAGAGACCGUGACCAUGCUCAUUUUAUUCAUCAACUUUAGUUCGUAAGUCACUUUAAUAACUUCAUAUAAUUGUUUCUUGUUUGUCAAGAGCCAGGGUUUCUUAUUAACUAGCCUCAUUUUUAUUUGGCAUUUAGGCCGAACAUUAACUAACUGUUGAGUAAAUGUCUGGAGGGAGAUGAGAGAAGCACCUCCGAGUGUAAUGCCUCCUUAACCCUUGUGUUGCCUUAGGGUCAUUUUGACCCGAAUCAAUAUUACACCCUCCCCCCGCCUUUGGGUCAUUUUGACCCGAUUCAAUGUUUAACCCUCCUGUUACCUUUAUAUUUACUAACAUAUUUUACCCUUUGGGUUCAAUUUGACGCCAGCAAUUAAAACCUCCAGAAAAUUAUUAGAAUUAAUAUUGUUUUCCAAGUUUAAGUGUGAGGCACUUUAUGUUUGUUUGUUGACUACCGAAAGAACACCGACAUUAAACAUUGAAUGGGGUCAAAUUAAUCCUAAAGCGGGGGGAUGGUGUAAUAUUGAUUCGGGUCAAAAUGACCCUAAGGCAACACAAGGGUUAAACACUUUGAGACAUUUUAGACCGGAUCUGGACUGAUUAUGGCUGGAGAUACCGCGAGGGCUUUAUGAAGCUUAAAUCUGGGCCAUAGGUGGCAGUAAUGAGCCUUAAAUGGCAACCGUUCUUCAAUAAGUAAGUCCAGGAUGAAGAAAACCACUAGCCAGUGCAAAUAAUGAAGGUUUGGAUAAUAUUAGAAGGAGCCGUUCUAAGUUCACGGUGUUGCAGGUGUUUUACUUUUCUAUGUUAAAACAAUACACAGCCCUCCAGUCCUGGGGGAGUGGAGGUGAUGUGUGCCGCCAUGACAGUGUGAUCAACAGGCCAUGCGGGAGAACGUCGGCUUGAAUCGCACGACAUUCAAAAUAAUUUUGUUUGCAGAGGUUCACGCGGCGUUUAAAAGAUUUGUGCAAAUGUUGCGAUUUGGAUAUGACGAAACUAUGAACAGCAGUGUCACUAAAUAAAUAGCUGGGCAAAUAUUUAAAAUCUAUAAAGAUCAAAAUAGGACGACAUGACCAGUGCGACAGUAUUUCGAAACCACAGUUCCCUUCUUUAGUCCCAGCAUAUCACUGUGAUUCAUACUGUGGAUCACAUUUAGUGUCGAGCCUUUGAAAAUCAAAUAAACAUUUCAAUUUGU